AAUCAUAUAUUUAAGAAACUAUGUUCUUCUCUUAAAUUAUUCCAUUAACUUAGCUACUCACUUUAAACUUUCAACCCCUUGUUUACUCAACAACCUUCAAAUCUCCAUUACUUUCAAUAAGCUACUUAAUAUCAUCACAUACAUAAUAAUCAUACAUACAAUAUGAGGCCUUCUUCAUUUAUAUUAUUCGUCCUUCUUCUUGUCUUGCAUAUUCAUCUUCUACGCGGAGCUUAUGGUUCUCGUCUUGGUAAAUUUGCUCUGAAACCGGCUUCUUAUGAUGAUGCUCAACCUACCAACUUGGAGAAUGAAAAUGCUUUGAAGAAAUCGGAUGAUGAUCAUAGUAAUAAUAAUGUUGAUAAAAAGGAAAUAUUAUCAAUUGAUGAAGAAGUUAACUGUAAAGAUGGCGAAGAUAAUUGUUCAUCAAAAGGAAAGUAUAGAAAAUUAAUUAUCUCAACCACCAUCCCAACUUCCUCCGCUAAACCCUUCCAAAAGAUUCUGGACCACGGAGGGGAAAAAAUGGGCAUCAUGAAAAGAGAUAACAAAGCUCAAACAUUAUUAUCAAUUCAUGAAAAUCCACCGACGGCGUUUGAUGUUGAUAAGCACAAGGAAUUCGAGAACGCAAUGGACAUGACUGUAAUGGACUACUCCCCGGCGAAGAGAAAGUCUCCAAUUCACAAUUAAUUAAGGAAAAUACAUGCAUACGUACGGAGUAAUCGUAAUUAAUAUAAUAGAGGAUACAAUUAUGAGUAUAUAUGAUAUCCUCUGUUAAUUAAAUAGCGGUAGCAAUGCAAUAGAAUAGUGCGUAGAGCACAAUAGGGGCAGGGAGAUUGGGAGAACAAUUAAGUGGGAAAUAGAAGAUCAAACACCAUUACAGAAAUGCUGCACUCUUUUUAGGGUUUUAACUACCUUAUUAGGGAUUAUAUUUGUAUAUAUAUAAUUAGCUGAUAUUAUACACCAUAUAAAAAUAGUACGAAGUAUAAUUUCAUGAAUAAAGUAGUUAGGUUUUAUUUUAUUUUUCUCAUACAAGA